AUGGCGACUGCAUUCGAGAGGGGCCCCCCGGUCGAACUGGAGGAGAAGCUCCAGCACACGGAAGAAUGGACGCGCAGCAUCCUCGAGUCACUCGGCAUGUCGUCGGAUGCCCGCGGCACCGGUGGUGAGCCGCUCACGAUCCCGCUCGACGAGCCUGUCCAGCCGCGCCAGCGCAAGCUGGUCCUAGGCCCUGUCAUUGUCGACUCAGACGACGAGUCGGAUGGCCCUGUGGCGCCCCGUGCCACUCUCAUGAAGCGGCGCCACUCGCAGCGGGACAGCCAGCGCCACCGUGAUGCGCUCCUCAAGGGCAAAGAGGGCAGCCGGCAGCGCCGGCGGUGGGAAAACGACCGUCUGCUGCACGUCCCCAAUGCGCAGCCGCCGCUGCCGAGCGACUGGGAGGUGCACCCGACGCACACGGUGCACUACAACCUGCCGUACCACGUGGCCCAGUUUUGGGACCGCGGACUGCGCGAGAUGGUCAACGAGCGGCGCGCGGCGGAGGCCGUGCUGCGGCGCCAGCAGCUGGUUGCGCAGCAGUCGGGCACGGCUGCGUCGCCCCGGUCGUCGUCCAAGAAGAGCCCCAAGAAGGCUUCGAAGAAGGCAAAGGCAUCCGGCUCGCCAAAGCCGACGUCGCCGUCUCCCACAUUUGGCAUGGUGACGCGCGACCUGCGGCAGGCCGUGAAAAAGUCCGAGACCAUCAAGCUGUGGGUGCGCGCGCUCGAGGAGCCCGUGCGGCAGUACGUCUUCGCCGCCGAGGCUGCGCGGAGGGCGCUGGAGGGCGACGAGGAGACGGUCGCUGCCGAGGCGUCGCCGUCCCUCGAAGACGACGUCGGCAGCGACAUGCCUUCGGACCCGACGGCCGCCAGCGACACCUAUGCUGUCUCGGACGAGGACGAUGAUGAACUCGUGUUUGUCGGCCGGCGCACAGUCGUAGAAAAGGAGGCCCAGGCCUCGUGGAAGCGUGUACACCGCGAGGUGGGCAAUAAUACCGUCGACAGCGGCAUCUUGUUCGAUGCACUUGGCGACGGCGAAACCGGCUCUUUCAAACGUUGGAUUGCACACUCGCUGUCUGAUUACUACGGCCUCACAUCACAGUCGACGAACAUCGACGCAUCAAAUCGGGUUGUCUAUGUCUCGCUACGGGACGAGGCCAUCCGGUCGGGCGCCGGGCCCAUCUUAAUACCGCGGCCGAUGUGGGAGCUGUUUGAAGCGGCGUGA